UUCCCCUAGUCCAAGCGGCGCGGAAAAGAGACGAGAGGGGGCGGGGCUUGGGGACCUCCUACAUCCUCGGGCCGAGACCGGAGGGAUGUUCCCUGCUCAGGAGGAGGCCGACAGAACGGUGUUUGUGGGGAAUUUAGAGGCCCGAGUACGGGAAGAGAUUCUUUACGAGCUGUUCCUUCAGGCUGGGCCAUUAACCAAAGUGACUAUAUGCAAAGACAGAGAAGGAAAGCCGAAGACUUUUGGAUUUGUCUGCUUUAAACACCCUGAAUCGGUGUCUUAUGCCAUAGCUUUGCUGAAUGGAAUACGUUUAUAUGGAAGACCAAUUAAUGUACAGUAUCGAUUUGGGAGCUCUCGCUCUUCUGAACCAGCUAACCAAAGUUUUGAGAGCUGUGUUAAGAUAAAUUCACACAGCUACAGAAAUGAAGAAGUUGUGGCCAGAUCUUCCUUUCCCAUGCAGUUCUUUCCAAUUAACAGUGCAGCUUUACCUCAAGAAUAUUUUUUCUUUCAGAAGAUGCAGUGGCAUGCCUAUAAUCCAGCCCUGCAGCUGCCGUAUUAUGAGAUGGCAGCACCGCUUCCUAAUAGCACGUCUGCGACGUCGUCACUAAAUUGUGCCCCAGAUCUGGAGGCUGGACCCAGCUCUUACGAAUGGACUCACCAACAGCCCAGUGACCCUGACCUUUAUCAGACGAAUAAACGAAAGAGGCAAAAACAAACCAGUGACAGCGAUAGUAGCACAGAAAACAAGAGAGGAAAUGAAUAUAGCCAAAAAUUCCGAAAGUGCAGGAAUUACCCCGAUACCAACUUUAGACCCCGCUACCAACUUUAGACAGUCAGCCAAUUUGAGCCAACCAGAAGGAAAUGUUUAGGGAUUAAAAACUCAAAGCAGGAGGGAAAGUAAGCCAUGUGCAUAUCUGAGGGAAGAACACCAGGCAGAGGAAACAGCAGAUGUAAAGGCCCCAUGGAGGAAGCAUUCCAGGGAAGAAAGGGAAGGAAGCUCUAAUAUGGUGGAGGAGGUUGAUCACAGGUGAGAUGUGAGCAGAAGAUAAUGGGAACUCAUAGGCCAUUGUAACAACUUGGACUUUUAAUGGGGAUGUCUUGUGGAUGGGGUGUGGGGACAAGUUCUGACAUAUCAAGACUAUUGAAGUUACCCAGUCAAGAGAAGAUGGUUGUUUAGCCUAAAACAGUAGCAAUAGAAGUGGUCAGAUUCUAGAUGUAUUUUAAAGGUAAAGCUGACAAUUCACUAAGCAUUCUAAUCCUGGGAAAGAAGGGUCAACAAUGACUCCAAGUUAUCAUUUAUUGAUAUGGGCAAAACUAUGGAGAAGCAAGUUUUAGAGCAGGAUCUGGAGCAGAAUUUUGGACAUGUUAAUUAUGAUUUGCAUAUCAAAAAUCUAAUAGGAGAUAUCAAGAAAUUUGUAUAUAUAAGUCUGGAGUCCAGGGGAAAGGUCAAGGUUGAAGACUUAAACAUUAGCAUUAUUGGCAUAUCAAUGGUAUUUCAAGUCUCAAGACUGGAUAAGAUCAUCUAAGAAGUGUGUGUAGAUAGGAGGUGAGCCCCAAGGUCUGUGCCCUGAGUAUUGCCAGUAUUUUGUACCUUAGGGAGAUGAGGAAGAACCUCCCAUAGAAUGACAAGCAGAAUAUGGUGUCUGGGAAUCCAAGGGAACAAAGUGUUUCCAGAAGGAAGAAAUAAUUAGUUGUGUCAAAUGUUACUGAUAGGUCAUGUAAGAUAGGGACUCAGAAUUGGUCACUGGAUUUAGCAAUGAUGCUUCAUAAAGACAUUUUGGGUGAAUGAUUCUGGCAAGAGCAUGAUCAGAGCCGUUUCAAGUGAGGAUAGAGGAAAUAACUGAUGGACUGCAAGAAGAGAUAACUUAUGCAAGUUUCUUGCUGUGAAAGGGAGGAGAGAAAUAGGACCAUAACUCAAGGAAGAUAACAUGAUUAAGAGAGAUUUUUGUGGGUUGCUUAGUUUUCUUAAAGAUCUGGAGAAUGCCUAAAAUUUUGUUAUUGUCCCUUUUCCCAAUCUCUGCUGCUAAAAUACUUUUUUUUUUUUCAAUAUGUCAGUAUGUCAGGUUUAAAAAAAAGUUUUUACUGAUUUUUAAAUCCUCUUUUACCUUAAGAAAAUUUGCUCUUUGUUAUAUAUAUGUAAAUAAUUUUCCAGUUUAUUUUUUCUGUUUUCUUGCCAGAGCAGGAGGUUUUAAUUGUCAUAUAGUUAAUAUAUUGUCAUACAUAUUAGUCUUUCUUAUAGUUUGGGUGGUUUUUUUUUUUCCCCCAGAGAGCCUUUCACAGUCAAAGAUUAAGAGAAAAUCUAUUGUGUUUUCUUUUAGAAUUUUGCCAAAUUCAAUUUUAUAUAUAAAUCUUGGAUCAUGGAGUGCUUUAUGAGGAUAUGAAGAUUAAAUGUUUAGAUUUUUGUACAACAUAAGCAGUUUUGAGUUUCUUUCUGAAUGCUUGCCUGAAGGUUUUUUUAUAUUAAAAUAGCAAUGGUGUUCCUAUGUUAGGUAAUCCUGUAGAGGAUACAGUCCUGAGGGAAGGAGUGAAUUUUCCCACUGACUGAAUUUAUUGCCCCCACCCAUUGUAAUGGGAGUGUGAAACAAAUUAAGUUGAAGAGGGUGCCUGGGUGGCUCAGAUGGUUAAGCGUCUGCCUUCGGCCCAGGGUCCUGGGAUCGAGCCCCGCAUCGGGCUCCCUGCUCCUUGGGGAGUCUGCUUCUCCCUCUGCCUCUCUCUCUCUCUCUGUCUGUCUCUCAUGAAUAAAUAAAUAAAAUCUUAAAAAAAAUAAACAGUACAGUCAGCAAAGGGCUCGAAUAAAGUAGAUUUCGUUUCCGCCUGAGGUGACAAGGUAAAGUUUAUGAAAGUGGUGAUAAAUUUAGAACAAUGUGUGGUAUUUUGAAACAUCCAGAAUGAGGACGUUAUUUCUCAGCAAAAUGAACAGUUUAGAGGUAGGAAAGUGACAACGUAAUCAGAAUAUGGCCAGUAAAAUUAGAGGAAUUUAAGGAACUGAAGUAAGAUACAGUUGAUGGCAUUUAGAAACUUAAAAGUCAACUAAAAUUUAAGUCAGGGGAAUCUUAAGUAAUAAUAUGACACACUUUAAAACAGCCUCGGAAAUAUGUCUGCUGUCAGCAAAAAUUUUAAGAAAAAAGUUGAAUGAACCUCUAGGGAAAGUAAAUCGUCAGCUGUUAAGGAGCAGGGUUUUCUGAAAAUAACCCACAUACCUACUUUGACAAGGAGCUAGCCUAAAUAAGGAUUUCCUACUGCUUCUUCCAGGCAGAAGGGUUAAACUCAAGCUCAGUUUCCUGGGGACAAGGGGCUUCCUCCCACUCCCCCACCCCCACAAGGGGCGCUGCAACUUCCCCAGGUCUUCAAGCUCAGGGCAGCACCUGCAAUGGCCACCCAAACUCACAGACACACAACUUCAGCUUCUCUGAGGGAAUAUUGGGAGGAUGGCAAACAGUGCCUUCUCUUGUCUUGCUCUGUGGUUCAAUGGAGUCUCCUCUUCAACCCAUCAAUGGGACGGUGAGAAAUUCAUCCUGAGUCCUAUUGCAAGACACUUGGUGACUCCAAAGUGACCCAUCCAACAGACAUCAAAUUUUAAGCUAUUUUUUGAAACCAAGGACACAAACAUUAAGAAAAUGGAUCUCUUUUCCAAAUUAUCAUGCUAUAAUUUAUUUUCCUUUAUAAAGACAUUUGAGUUUAACUUCAUAGGAAGAAGUGGUAUAUGUGCAAGACGGAUAGCUUGAAUUACCAAGCUAGAUAGCGUUAGGAAGAAAACUUUCCUCUUACCAACUUAGGCGUAAGUAGUCUGGGGCCUGAAAAUUAAAUUGACAAAGGUUAACUAAUUAAUUUUGGUUAAAUUAUUUCUCUGAAUUAAUGCCUUUAAGAAAAGUUUAAUUCACAUGCACGUGGGAGCAUAGUAUAAGGACUGACUCCUCAAAUUGCAAGGGACAAAGAGGGCGCCUGGGUGGCUCAGUUGGUUAAGCGACUGCCUUCGGCUCAGGUCAUGAUCCUGGAAUCCUGGGAUCGAGUCCCGCAUCGGGCUCCCUGCUCAGCAGGGAGUCUGCGUCUCCCUCUGACUCUCCCCCCUCUCAUGCUCUCUCUAUCUCAUUCUCUUCUCUCUCAAAUAAAUAAAUAAAAUCUUUAAAAAAAAAAAUUGCAAGGGACAAUGGUUUAUAUGCCAGCUUAACAAACAAGGGGGGUUGGUGGGUUAGGGCUUCAGUGGGAAAGUGUGGAAGGUUCUGUUGUUCGCAUAUGUUUACAUGUGCUUUCAUCCAGGUGCUGAUGGGCAUCUCCUUCCUGGCUUGCAGCUCCCCCAAAGGGGUAUUUAUGACAGCUGAACUCUCAUUUCCAGGGCUAAGGAGCAGUCUUCCCUCAAACAGGAAACCCCUUCCGAGGAGGGUUUAUGGCUCCGCUUAAGUCAGCAAAGGGAAGUUAGAUAAGGUUUCUUUCUGAGAAAGGCUGCUAUUUGUUCAGAUGUUUUCAGUUUAAAGUUAUCCUCAUACCACUCUGGUGGGUUAUUGGUCCCUUUAAUAGCAAAUACGCUUGCUUGUUUAUAUUUAUGUAAGGAACCCAAUACUACAUUAAAAAAUUUAAGCCUUUCUUAAAUGGUGAAAAUUCAGUAACCCUGAACUGCAUUUACUAUGAGCUAAGGCAUUUUUGGUUCAACUAACAUAUGCCUCUGUAUGCAUAUCCCUAUAUCGUACUACUUUUAUGUUCAAAUACGUGUGAAAUACUUUGGUCUGAAAAAUUGGCAUGUUUCCUUAGCCAGAGAUUCUUAAAUUCGUGAUUAUAUUGCUUUAAAAUUUAAUUAAAAUCUCCUGAGCUUGAAACCUCAUCCCUAGGCAGUGGCAAAGCUCAGGGCCAUGUCACAAGAUUUUGGAAAGCAAAUCAGACCAGCCACGUGGCCGAAUUUCCUCCCUCAGAAUACGUGCACACAGGAAGAGUCUGAUCAAAAUAAAUGUCAUGUUCAGAAAACAAGAUAAACUGCAAAACAUCAGCCUAUGGGUUGUACGUGAAAUUGGGAGUGGGGCGGUUACAAGCCGUUUCCUUGAUGGAAAUCUCAGGUCUGUCUUUCUCACAAACCGGUACCACCUCCACCUUCUACCUACAGAUUAUCCAGCUGCCCACACAGCAGCUUCUUCCCUCCUUGUCCCCCAGCAGCAAGUAGGAACCUUAUGAAAGAAUUGUGCAGAAUAUCUAAGGUACUUUUCUGAAGAACGCUGCAGAUAAACUCGCUGAGCUGCUUCAAAGAACUAAAUUUUCAGGCAAUAGUAAGAAUGUUCUUAAUUCGUUAAUCAAACUUUCUUUGUUUACUGCUAAAAUAAUACUGGAUUUGGGGAGUAGGAAUGAAUGAAUGAAUGAGGAGCUGAAACUGUACAAGGUUAAUAAUAACUACUAUGGGGGCGCCUGGGUGGCUCAGUCGUUAAGCAUCUGCCUUCGGCUCAGGUCCUGAUCCCAGGGUCCUGGGAUCGAGCCCCACAUCGGGCUCCCUGCUCCGCGGGAAGCCUGCUUCUCCCUCUCCCUCUGCUGCUCCCCCUGCUUGUGUUUCCUCUCUCGCUGUGUCGCUCUCUGUCAAAUAAAUAAAUAAAAUCUUAAAAAAUAAUCAUCAUCAUCAUAAUAAUAACUACUAUGUAUUCAGGCCAUUGCAUGCCAGACUUUAGUCCUGAGGAAAACAGCCUAUAAAUGAAGAAGCUGAGGUUCACUCAGUUGACCAAAACACAUCUUUUUUCUGCAGAGAAAAGCUAGAAUAUAAGUCUGGUGAGGCCUGACCUGAUCCAGUGCUCUAAAUAUUAAUUACCACACUGUUGGUACUAAAAAUUUACUUGCAGGAUCUAUAAUAACUGGUCAGAGCUUUUGAAUGAAAAUUUGUAAACAGGUAUCAUAAUUACCUCAUGCUAGGAUUGAUGUCAUUGUCACUUCUAUGUAUAAACCUGGGCCCAAUGGUCAGUGUGACUAAAAAUGAGGCUCUCCGUAAAGACUCUGCCCUAACUUAGGAUAAAUUUAAAAUCUAUUAAAGUUACUCUGGAAAAAUUCAAUGGCGGCUUUCCAACACUGUUCGGUGUAAGUGAACCAUUUUAUGACAAAACUGCUUUUUUUAUCCUUUGAUACCCUAAUCCUAUUUCAGUUCUAUUUCCCCAAGUUUCAGUUGUCUUUUUCCAUAGAAUAUGCACCAUUUAGGAAAUAUAAGCAUGAGAAAUUUUAUUUAAAAAUUUUUAUUGUGUAGUUGACACACAAUGUUACAUUAGUCUCAGGUAUACGACAUAGUGAUUCAACAACUCUAUACGUUUUGCUAUGCUCACCAUACAAUGCUAUUGCAACAUCACUGACUAUAUUCCCUAAGCUGCACCUUUUAUCCCCAUAAACAUGAGAAAUGUUAAAUGGAUUAGUUGAGUGUUUGUGUGUGUGUUGAAGAAGACGGACAUCAGUAGCAAAAAAUUUAAAAGAAUUUUUUAAAUGCAAGAAAACCACCUCCUGCAAAGAUGAGUGACCAUGAAAAGCCACCUUCUUAAUGAAUUUUAAAUACUUCACUUUUUGUGUUUGCUUGGUUAAAUUUUUAUGUCACUAGCUUAAAGAAACCUGAAAUUGCAGCAUAUUGACUACAUUGAGAUUUGAAAGGUACGCUAUAAAGCAGGGUUGUUGCCCAUAGUGUGGAGCUGUAUGAGGUUAAUAAUCAUAAUAACCACUAUUUAUUCAGGUUACUGCAUGCCAGAUGUUAGUCCUGAGGAAAACACCCUAUAAAUAAAGAUGUGGAAAUUCUCCCUGGAAUUGUUAAGUUCAAUAUGAAGGUCUAUAAAGAGUCUAGUCCUCCAUUUUGGAGUUCAGGAAACUGAUUAUGUCCGCACACAUAUUGUGGAUUGCCUCAUAUUAAAUAAUCUCAUUGAAAGACCAAUCCUCCCUCACCAUGAUCACAUUGUAACAGCCAUUUUGAUAAAAGGACUCUUGUUUCCUUAGUCAUAGAUGUUUAGAGCAGCUACAUGUAUAAAACGCAACCCAAACCAAUCCUUGUCACUUCCCACUUGCGGUCAAAAGUGCUUGGUUGGGAUUGGCACCCAAUCUGACUGAGGUGGCUCAAUCACGGUCUCUUCUGCUGGAAAGUACAAAAAGGAAACACAAGUGGCUUAUUCAAAAAAUGAAAAUUUGGGAGCUUUCUAUUGCUGGCUUUUCAUCUUGUGGGUAAGGAAAACAGAUGAAGUCCUUUACAGAAUAGAACAACAUGGAUAUGUGGAGAAAAGCAGAGACAAAAGAGAGUAAUAAAGACAUCUGAGACCCUCAUUCAGAAAAAUCUACCUAAGCCCCCUGUAGUUUUACAAUAAACUCCCUUCUUUUGCUUAGGUUUUCGAUUUAUAUUCUAAAUGAUGCACUCUUUAAAUCCAAGCAUUUAUUGGAAAGUUAAGGACCCUAGGUUUCGCUGGUAGUGAUCUGUGUUAAAAUCUGGGUUCCCUCACUUUCUGUUGUUACUCAGGGUGAGUUGAUUAGCAGUUCUUGUUUUGGUUUUCUCUUCAGAAAGAUUUUGCUAAUUUACAUUUCUAUCAGCAGCAUUAGGUCAGGCUGCUAUAACAAAGUACCAUUGACUGGGUGGCUUAUAAAGAAAAGAAAUUUAUUUCUCACAUUUCUGGAGGCUGGGAUGUGCAGAGUGCCAGUAUGGUAAAGUUCUGGUAAGAACACACUUCCAGGUUGCAGACAACACUUCUCUUUGUAUCUUCACAUGGCAGAGAGCGCAAAGGUGAAGCAAGCUCUGUCCUGACUCUGAGGGCACUAAUCCCCUUCAUGAAGGUUCCCCACUAAUGACUCAUCUACUCCUAAUCAUCUCCCAAAGGCCCAACCUCCUAAUACCAUCAGGGGUGAGGUUUCAACAUAUGAAUUUUAGGGGAAUACAAACAUUCAGUCCAUGACAGUAUGAGACAGCGAGCUCAUUUUCCAACAACCUUACCCUCAUUCAAUAUUUAAUUUUUUUUAUAAUUGCCAAUCUAGUAAGCCAAGUAUGCUAUUUUUUCUGUUUAAAUUUUCAUAUAUUUUGUUAUAAAUAAAAUUUAUGAAGAAAAAGAACGUGAGCCCUUUUUCUAACUUACUGAUCAUUUCUAGUCUGUGUGAAUUAAGACCUUUGUCCAUUUUUUUCCUCAUAUUUUUCUUAAUUAUUUUAAGGGGGUCCUUAUAUAGAAGGAAUAUAUUGAUUAACAUUUACAAUUGUUGCAAAUAUUUCUUUGUGUGUCAUUUGCUUUCAGGUUUGUUUACGUACCUGUGAGCUGGAGAAUUUAGCUUGUACUCAAGUCUACCAUUUCCUCCUCUAUGGUACCUGCCUUGCAUGACAUUCUCAGGAAGCCUUUUUUUACUAUUAAAUUAUGUGACUAUUUCCAGGUUUUCCUCUGGCAUUUUAUUUAAUACUUAGCAUUAAAAUAUAAAUCAAGGGGUGCCUGGGUGGCUCAUUCGGUUAAGCGUCUGCCUUCAGUUGGGGUCAUGAUCUCAGGGUCCUGGGAUAGAGCCCCAGGUUGGGCUCCCUGCUCAGCAGGGAAUCUGCUUCUUCUUCUCCCUCUGCCCCUUUCCAUCCCCCCCCCGCCAACUCAUGCUCCAUCUUGGUAUAAGUUAAGAAUCUAACCUUAUUCAUUCUCCAUAUGGUUAGUUAAAAUGACUCCUUUGUCAAAUAAUAAAUUCUUUCUUGUUUGUGUUUCUGUGCUUUUUAUUCUAUUCCAUUGAACUAUCAGGCUUUAUACAAGUACUACAUUGUUUUAAUUAUUCUAGCUUCAGAAUAUAAGAUUCUAUCUCCACAGCAUUUUGCCUCUCCAUAAAACAUUUAAAUCAAUAAAAUUUUAUUGCAGUUA